CGACUCGCACAGAGUAGUUAAGCGCUCAUAACUACUCUUCACGGAAACGGUUUCACUGUUUCGUCAUCGUCUUCUCCACAGCCACGAUGGGCAACUCUUCCUCUAUGCUCACGCAGUACGACAUUGAAGAGGUCCAGGAACACUGUAACCACACAUUCACGCAGCAGGAGAUAGUUUCUUUGUACCAGAGGUUCUGUCAGCUUGAUCGUAACAGCUGCGGAUUUAUUUCUUCUGAUGAGUUUCUGUCUGUUCCGGAAUUCGCCGUUAAUCCUCUCUCUCAGAGAUUGUUGAAGAUGCUGUAUGGAUUGAAUUUCAAGGAAUUCGUGGCUUUCUUGUCUGCAUUCAGUCCUCGUGCAACCUUAGAAAACAAAAUUGAGUUUAUUUUUAAGGUAUACGACACAGACUGCAAUGGAAAAGUUUCAUACAAUGACAUGCUGGACGUUUUGCGGGAUUUGACUGGACAAUUUAUAUCUGAACAACAGAGAGAGCAAGUACUGACACAAGUCCUUGAGGAAGCAGGCUAUAAAAAGAAUUCUUUGUUAGUCUUGUCUGACUUCAAGAAGAUCCUUGGCAACUCAGGUUUGAAGAUGGAAGUUGAGGUUCAUGUGGAUUAGAAUGAGAAUACUAGUUGUCAUUGAUUUCUCUAGUAUAUACUACAUGCAGUCAAACAAUCCUGAUUCAUUAGUUUGAAGUAGUGCUGUUUUUGUUGUUUCUUGAUCCUCAUGUUUAUUUUGUACUUACUCUAGCGGUAAUAGUAUUAAUACGGAUUUUGAAUAUGUAAAUAUUCAUUUUUCAUUAACUUAUUUAAUGGCGUUGUGAAAUAGAAAA